AUGUCGUAUUGCUGUAUUGUGCCAUUUUUGCCAGCCGUCGGUGAUUCAGUCAUUUGCAAUACACCAAAUCUUGUGCCCAAGGAAUACAACAAAACUGUUUUCACAUCAGAAGUAAGUCAUGGUGCAGGAGAUAAAUUACUAAAAGGUGCUAUUGAGGCAUACUCUGUACCUAAAGAUCCUUCCUCACUUGAUAUGGUCUCUCCAGCAAAAGGAACAGAUGUUGAAGCUCCUUCCUUCAGUGAUAAUGCACAAUGUUCAUUGACGCCAGAUGUCAGUGAAGAUGGCGUUGAAAAAGACACAAAUUUGGAAGAGGCCAAUACAGAAAGUUUGGCAAUUUUUGGACAAUUUUCUGCUUCUGGGCGUGCAGCUCAAGGGGCAGAGGAAAAUGCAAAGAAAGCUGCAGAGAGGGUGAUGCAGGCAAAGCCAUGGGGCUCAGGAGAGGAUCAAUGGCAAACCUCUAUACUAGCAAAGGGCAGUGGCGUGAGGCAGCACAGGAGUGCCAUCUGA